UUUUGAUUCGUUACGCCGCUGAUUGGAGAUAUAUAUUUGUGUGUGUGUAAAGGUGAUGAAUCUAGCGACCGAAAGUAGAGAUAUAAAUGUUUUGGGGACAAGUAAUCAAGACAGCUUAUUGGAUUGGCUCCCACAGAGAGAUCCACAAGUUCAAAUCCUCAACUUCUUGGAUUCGAAUGGCCUUCUUCCUAUGAGGGAUCAGAAUCAACGGAUGGAUAAUAUGAUGCCGUCAUCACUAACGCUAGUCCAUGCACCUACGAUGCACGUUUACAAUCAUUUGAGCCCGGCCCGAAGCAUGGAGGAUGAUGCACAGAGGCCCGAAUUCGGGCAGGCCAUCGAUGUUAAUCUUUCUCCGUGGGCCGAAUUAUAUCCUACAGGUUUCUCACUUAAUUAGCCGAUCAUGAAACUAUAUUAUAUAUGAUCAUAAUUGUUAUUGAUCCUAAGAUAAAAAUUAGUAGAGUUUAUUGCAUUCAGCACCCCCUGUGUUUACUCUAAUUACUAAAUAAAGGACUCCUCGUUUUAUUAACAUUAGCAAACGCCCCUUAGAGUCUCGUCAUUAAUUAGGUGACUGUAUGCCAAAAGAAAAUAACAUCAUAGAGGGGGUGUUUGCUAAUAAUGGAUACGCGAGGACCUUUUUAGCAAUUCUACAUAACACAUGGGUUUUAAAUGUAUGAACUCAUAAAACUAUUAUGUUCGUUGAUGAUAGAUACUGUCCGUCUGAUCUACAUAAAUAACUACGCACAAAGCAUACAUACACAUAGGUGUCACCAAACACACAUACACAUGGGUGUGUGUGUUACUAUGUGUAGAUCAAUGGUGUAUUUCAUCAGGUGUAGGUUCUACAAAACUGUCUAUAGAUAUAUUGUGUCGGCAUGGAUUCUUUAUUCCUUUCGAUACUAAUUCAACUCCGAAAAUGAAAUCCCGCAUUUCGUUUUGAGUUUCAUAAUUUUAAUUUUUACGAUA